AUGGGUCGGCGGCUGGUGGCGAGGGGGGGCACCAGCAGCGCGAGUGUACCGACCAACCAACAGGGCCGCGGGUUCGGCGACGAAAGGAGGAGCCGCUGCGAUGUGAGGAGGAGGGGAAUAACAGGGGCCAAGCUCGGCGGAGACACACCCGUGGGGUCGACCCUCGCGAGGCUGCUUCGGUUGCUGAGCAUCGUUCUUGCCGCCGUCGCCUUCGGCCAGGCGGAUGUCGUGGACGAAGACCGGGAGUACCUCGGCAUCCUGUACACCAGCCUGGGAGGGAGCGACUGGCACGACAACGCCAACUGGACCGUCUCCGGCGUGGACGUUAGCGAGUGGGAGGGAGUUUCCGUCGCGACCGAUGAGAACGGAACGGAAUACGUCUACGAGAUCAGCCUCGGGGACAACCACCUCGUCGGUGACGCGUUUCCGGCCGUGGAGUACGGCCAGCUGUUGGGCCUGCAGAAGCUCUCUCUCGGAGGCAACGACAUCACGGGCGAGCUUCCGGCAGGCCUGGAGAACCUGGUCAGCCUUACCCUUCUGGACCUGAGCGAUAACGGCUUCGAAGGAGAAAUUCCUCCUGAGCUUGGAAGCGCUCCGUCCCUCGUUCGCCUGGAUCUCCAGGGCAACGCCCUCACAGGAAAAAUCCCAUCGGAGCUAGGGGGUAUGGCACAAGUGGGCAUACUGUAUCUGCAGGACAACGCCUUGGAAGACAUAAUUCCUCCCGAGCUGGGCAACCUGGCGUCGCUGACACAGCUGGACCUCUCCGGCAACACAGGGUUGAUAGGUCCGAUCCCCCCGGAAUUUGGCGGCUUGGUGUCGUUGAAGGCCCUGUACAUGGAAGACAACAGCCUGACAGGGGACAUCCCGGCAGAGCUGGGGACGCUUGCCGAGGGCGGGGAGCUUCAAGCGGUGGAUCUUAGGAACAACUACUUGACAGGGGAAGCCCCCGAAGGUCUGGAACAGGUGUCGACUCUCCUAUUGGACGGGAACUUUGUUGACGGCUACGAGCAAAGAGCGGACGAUUCCACGGCGCCCCCAUACCCAACCCCAGCACCCGCGACACCGGUGCCGACACCUGCCCCGACGAUCGCUACGCCGACGCCGACCACAGCAUCCCCAAGCCUCUCACCGUCACGUGCGCCGACGACCCCCGGACCGACGGCACUGGCGACUCCCGCCGCCGCUACGCCGUCGCCUACGUCUGCUUCGGGGACACCGGCGGACGGCGCGCUCUCGACCCCCGGCGGUGGGGACGGCGACGCCGGCGGCGAUGAUGCCGACCCCGCCAUGGUCGCCGGUGCGGUGGUCGGGGCGCUGGUGUUCGUGUGCUCGGUGUGCUGGGUGUGCAAGGGCUGCUGGUCCUGGCGCAGACGGAGGAAAGAAGAGCAAGGUGGUGGCAGCGACGACCCCGACGGGACAGAAGAGGUAACUCCCGACACGAACGUGGUUGACGCCACGGCUGCACCGGGGUCGCUGCAUUGCGGAGACGUCGCCGGCGGCGGGGGGGGGGGCGCUCGUUUCUCGGUGAAAGAAAACGGAGCCCGUAUUCCUAGAACCUGCCCGUCGGACGAGAGGACCAUCAGGAGCAUGAGCGAGGACUCCGACGGCGCCGUCAGCAGCAUCCUCACCACGGAGCUCGUGCCGGCCCUCGCACCGAAACAUCCCCUCCCCGAUGUCGAGGUGCAGCUCGGCUCGCCCCGUCGCCGCCUCGGAGAGGAGUUGCCUCCGGGCGUCGCGCCGCCCGACUCCCCCACGGGAGUCCAGCUCGGCUCACCCGCUACCGGCCCCGCCCCCGCCGCGGACAUCGAGAUCGGUGUCCUAUUUGAAGCCAGCCAACACCGUUUUCUGGAAAUGUAUUACCGUGACGAGGACCACGGGUCGUCGUCGGGACUGGCCGACCCUCCCGGUACGCCGUGGCUACACCAUAGCGCCUCUGUGGGGGGGGGCACCAAGGUAGCAAGGGCGCGGAGGACGCAGCAGGUCGGCCGGUGCAGGUCCGAGGAAGUAACCCGGCAAAACACCCUCGACGGUGCCCGGACCACCGGCGUCCGUGCAUACGGUGUGGAAAACGGUGAGCGGCCGCCGUACUACCAAGCCGAUGACGCAUCGUCCUCUCUCGACGAUCGCGACAAGGACGGAAGGAGAAGCGGCGGCGGCGGAAGCGGCGGCGGCACAAGCGCCGGCGAAAGGCGCAUGUCGAUCAUGACGGGUUUGAAGAAGGCCGCCCGUGCGGCACAGAACUCUUCGAUCACCGGUGUGCCGGAGGUUGCCAUGUUCGUGGAGACACUCGUGACGCUGAAGGCGGACAACGAUGGGAUCACGGCUGCGUUCGACACGAGCCUCCAGCUGUGCUCCAACCUCGCUAAGUUUCUCGAGAGCAUUACUGAGGAUUCAGCGACGGAGACCCACCGCGAAACGGGCCGUAGGCUGCUGGAAGGCGUCCAGGAACAGUUAGACGCCGUCAUCGACAUCAUCGAGGUUUACAAGCGGAAGACCAGGCUGGGGAGGAUGUGGACCGCAAGCAUGUACCGCACGCGGGUGGAGGAAGCGGACGCUUCGGUCCGGAGAAUGCUGGAGUACUUCAACUCGUACGUCAACGCGACGUCCUUGUCCGAGAUACAGAAAGUCAGGGCCGAGCUGGCGAAUCAUGUCACGGACAAGCGCCUCAGAAGGCAACAGCAUCUAGAAAGACUCAUCGAGGAGGAAGAGAUCCCCCAAGGGUCGAUCGAGAUAGUCCGGGACCUCGUUAUCGGCUCGGGAGGGGCGGGCGAGGUCUACAUGGCCAACUACGAUGGCUUCAACGCGGCGGCAAAGGUGGUGUCUAUCAAGGGCGGCUCCGGUGCGGCCAAGCAGCAGCAGAUCAAGUCCUUCCUGGCCGAGGCGGGCAUCAUGCGGCGCCUCAGCAAGAGCCCGCACGUGGUCCGCGUCUUCGGCAUCAUCACGUCGCGGACGAGCGAGCUGGUGCUGGUGAUGGAGUACAUGUCGGGGGGUGACCUCUUCUCCUUCAUCAAGAAACAUCGCGAGGAGGGCCUGGAACUUUCGGCUAAGCUGACGAGGGACCUUGUCGAAGACGUGGCGCACGGAAUGGCCUACCUCCACCAACACUCGACCUGGCACGGGGACCUCAAGUCUCUCAACAUCCUUCUCGACGCCGAUUGUCGCGCCAAGAUAUCCGACUUCGGGACUUCCCACUGGACGGAGCAGACCAAGUCCAAUUGCGUGCAGUCGCAGACCCCUGGUACCGGAGGGUUCAACCAUUUCACUUUCCACUGGGCUGCGCCCGAGGUUUUGGAGCACGGCAGCGCUUCGGAGCAGCUGAGGAGGGCCAGCCUCGACAUAAGCCAGCCCGGCCAUGAGCAUCACCAGGCAGACCGACGUUCGAGUCCACUCGCCGAAGAGGCCACUCUGCCCGGCCUGAGCUUCAAGAGCGAUGUCUACAGCUUCGGGGUAGUGGUGUGGGAAGUGCUCUCCAGACAGGCUCCCUGGGAACACGUGUCGUGGACGGAGCUUGUCCGGAGGGUUUGCAUGACUUGCGAGAGGCCGCCGCUGCCGCUCUCCGCGCCGGCCGAGCUGGCGGUCCUGGCGAGGGAGUGCUGGGCGCACUCGCCGCGGGAUCGCCCCACCUGCGACCAGAUCGUGGCGCACCUCGCGGGAGAAGCCGGGGCUCUCAAUUCCCGGAGGAGGAGGACGACGGGAGGCGGCUCCAGCGGGGACGGAAGACCGUAA